AUGGCCGAAGACCUACAACAAGAACAGUCCACUACGGACUUCCAAUCAACCCAAGGUGAAAAGAAGGUUCUAACCCGAUGGAUGACUCUUGAUGUGUUUACAGCUAGGAGCACUUCAGCGACUGAUGAAGCAGAGCGUAAGAGGUUUGAUAAUAGUAAGAAUUCCACUACGGCUACCAUGAACAAUGGAAGUACGACUACUUCUACCACCCAAGGUCGAGGUCAAGCUUCUGACAGAGAAGAAAAGAAAGAAGAUCAGACAUUCGAGUUUAAUGUCACUUACUAUUGA